GAUACGGGCCUCUGAUAUGAGAUGAGAUGCCAGCGUAAAAGUUUGCGCAUUUUGCGUGCAAUCGGCGAGCUCACUGCCCUCGCGGGAGGAGCCAUUAUCAUCAUCAUUAUCGCACGCCUCCCUGUGACGCAUUGUCGCCGUUAUAGGGGACGGUGCCGAGAACGGCUGUUGGUCAGCGUCGGCCGCCGCGCGCGCGCUCGACUCUCUGUUAGCAUCGGCACCAUCAACACCACCAUCAGCACCAUCAGCACCAUCAACACCACCAUCAACACCAUCAGCAGCAGCGGCGGCGGCCACGUCCGCUCUGCAUCCUCCAUCAUCGUCGGGAGCAACAGCAGCAGCCAGGCUUGAGCUUUGGGGGAAGUCAUCCCGGCAAUAGCGUGCAUGUCCUACUAACACGACCACCACCAAAGUCGCCACCACCAACAACACCAACAACAAACGACGACAAGAACAACAACGAUUACGCACACCAACAAGAAAUCGACGCCCAAUGUUCGCGCUACCGACGCUGAGCUUUAGCCCCCAGCAGGUUGCCAGCGUGUGCGAGACUCUGGAAGAAAGCGGCGACAUCGAGCGCCUGGGCCGCUUCCUCUGGUCCCUGCCCGUGGCCCCCGGCGCCUGGGAGGCCCUCAACCGCCAGGAGGCCGUCCUGCGAGCCAGAGCCGUGGUCGCGUUCCACGCGGGCAACUACCGCGACCUGUACGCCAUCCUAGAGGGGCACAAAUUCUCCAAGGCGUCGCACGCCAAGCUGCAGGCCAUGUGGCUCGAGGCGCACUACCUCGAGGCCGAGAGGCUCCGUGGCCGCCCGCUGGGGCCCGUGGACAAAUACCGGGUGCGCAAGAAGUUCCCGUUGCCGCGCACGAUCUGGGACGGCGAGCAGAAGACGCACUGCUUCAAGGAGCGGACGCGCAGCCUGCUGCGGGAGUGGUACCUGCAGGACCCGUACCCGAACCCGGCCAAGAAGCGGGAGCUGGCCCAGGCCACGGGACUCACCCCGACGCAGGUCGGCAACUGGUUCAAGAAUCGGCGGCAGAGGGAUCGUGCGGCGGCGGCCAAGAACAGGUUACAGCAGCAGACGGUGACCCACAGCGUGGCGCGCUUCCUGCCCGAGCGGGCCGAGUCACCCGGCGAGCGAAGCCCCCCGCCGAGUUGGGGUCCCCGGGGUGGAGGCGGCGGCGGCGUCGGCGGCGGCUCGGCCGUGAGCCCGCGACCGAGUCCCCGUGCCAGCCUGUCGGGUCUCAGCGAGAGGGACGAGGCUCUGCCCUCGGCGGCGUCGAGGGCGGACAGCGACUCCAGCGAGCCCGACAUCUGAGGCCGUGAGAAAAGGGGGGUGGUGGUGGGAAGAAGAAGAUGAUGAAA